AUGUAUACAUUCAGUAUGGAGUUACACCACUAUAUAUGCAGACAUUAAGCCUACUUAACUUAUUACAGUGUUGUGAUCAAUUUCCACAUAACAGACCCUGCAAUUCAUUUUCAAUAUUGCAUUGAUUUUUAAUUUUAAUCUAUUUGUGCUGAAUGAAUUAAUGUAUUGGAUUUAUACAAUUGAAGGUAAAAUCUCUACUACCAGCUGGUUAAUGUGUGUGACUGUUUUUACAUGAAGUAGAAAGUCACUAUGGACUGGAAUAUAUCAAUACUGAUUGAUUAAAGUGGUGUAAUGUUCCAGUCACAGCAAUACAGCAGUGAUAAUUAACUUGUUCCAUCCAGCAGAAAGCAAUAUUUACUGGCUAUUUUCAUUUAAUUGCAUUUCAAGAUCAAUAUAUUCAAUAACUAUUUAAGUGACAGUCUGUGAAACCUGUGAUAGGAUAUGCUGAAAUAAACAUUGUAUGUCAACAUUUGGCAAAAUUUCUGUAUGAAAGACUUGCUGGCAAACAUCCUGGAUAAUACUAUCAGUAGCAAUCAUGGUGCAAUAAAUAAAACACUAUGAUGUGUGUGUGUAGUUAAUACUAAUCAUAUACUCACAUACUACCAUCUAAUGAAGGAGAUUUCAGAAGCCAUGAUGGAUGUGCAGAGCGAGUGUGAAGUUAUACCACGUGACUUCCUUUGCUGUAAACUAUGUGAGGAGGAGUUUAAACAACCAAAAUACCUUGUCUGUUUCCACUCUUUCUGUCAACAAUGUAUCGACAAGUACAUGCUAGAACACAAUCACAAUGGCUCAUACUGGUGUCCUAUCUGUGGAACUGAAACCAUCAACCAGGAAAAGGGAACUAACAACCUCUCAGAUAACUUACUCGCUCAAAGACUUGUCAGUCCAUCUACAAACUCUCAGCAAAAGGACAAAAUAUGCACCAUAUGUAAAAAUGGGGGAAAUUUUAUUGAUGCAAAAGGUUUCUGUAUAAACUGUGGUGACUUUCUAUGUAGAGAAUGUACAGACUUGCACAUGGAACAAGCAGACACAAGUGAUCAUCAGCUUGAAACUAUGGAAGAGCAUGCAAUACGUACAGAGUACGAGGAAUCUGCAAAGGUUGGACAUGUAGUUCCUCGUUGCUGCUCCUAUUACGACCCCCUGGAUAUAAGUGCCCUGUUCUGUGUGGACUGUGAUACAGCUGUAUGUGGGGACUGUCAUCUGUCAUACCAUGAAGAACAUCGCUGUGCAGAAAUGGUUGCUGUUGCAGAAAAUUUCCAAAACAAAAUAAAACAACCUCUGGAAGAAUUGCAGAAUGAUGCCACACAACUACAAGAGGCAAUGAUCAGUCUACAGAAGGCAGAACAAAACACAAUUGAACAACAAAAAGAACUUCAUCAAAUUGUUAAGAAGCGGACAAAGUAUCUGAGCGAACUAAUAGCACAAUAUGAGAAUGUAUUAUUGGAGGAAAUAGACAGGAGACAUGCACAACAUCUAGAUGACAUUCACGAGAGAAGAAAAGAUCUUCAAAUGCAUCUUGCUGCUAUUGAUGGAGUUAGUGACUUUACAGAGAAACUUCUGUCAUAUGGUUCAUUUGAAGAGAAAGUGCUCAUGAGAAAGAAGGUCGGAAAGCGUGUAAGAGAACUCUGUGAGGAGCCUUUACUUACUGAUUCCAUGACUCCACAGAGAGUGAAGCUAACUGAGCCAAACGUUGCCAUAGAAACAGUGUGCAACAUGUUUGGAGAACUGAAAACAAUUGAAGAAAAUCCAGAAUCAGACAGUAGUAAAGUUGCUGAGCAAGUGUAUGUAGAUUCUGGACAUGAAAGUGAAGUACUGGAUAAUGCUGAAACUGAUGAAACUUUACAACCAACUGAUGAUUAUGAAGUAGAAAGUGAACAACUUGGUUCUACCACUGGAAGUGAUGUUAAAAUGUUGACACUAAGUAACAACAGUGAUUCACUAAGGAAUGUUAAGUUCCGAGAAGAAGUUGAAGAGGCAGAAUACGAAGCUGAAAAUACCUUCACAUUAGAGAACCCAAAAAGGGAAAUAACUCUUCCCCAUACAAUUCAGCAAGAGUGCCUUAAAGGCAUUGGAAUAAACAAGUAUGGUGAUAUGAUUGUUGGUGCAUCUUCAGGAAACUAUCAGAUAGUAUAUUUGCUAGAGAAACGGGGCAUUAUUCGAGGCCAGGUACCUGUACCAGCUGGGUGGACAAUACAUUCAGUUGCAAGUGAUGGUAAAGUGGCACUGACUGUGGCAAGGGGUGAUAACAGAUACAAAGUCAGAGUUAUGAAAAAUGAUGGCUCAGGAAAAAUUCUUGCCAAUAUGCAGAUUGAAAACUAUGGACUGAACUUUGUCACUUCAGACCAAUUGGGGAAUCUGAUAGUUGCUUCCAACCGCUACUCUCAUGUGACCAAUUUUGGUAAAAUGACAUCAAAGGCUGGUGGUAAUAUCAGCCUGUAUGAUCAUCAGGGGUUCCUGAAGCGUAGGAUAACAAACGAAGAUUACCAAGACCUAGGCAUGUACAUUCUUGAAAAGCCUCAUUGCAUAGCAGUUGACAACAACCUAGGAAAUUUCUAUGUGGCAGAUCCUGGAAAUCACAAUGUCACUGGCUUUGACAACACAGGUGAAUUGUUGUUUGAAUAUGGGAAUAGUGAUGAGGAGGCAGAAAUAUACGAUGGUCCAGACCUUGUCUGCACAGACAGUCAGGGUAAUGUUCUUGUUGCUGAUAAACGUAUGGGUAAAAUUGAUGUCCUCACUAACAAAGGUGAACUGAAAAAGUCUUUGUUCACAGAAGAUAUUAUCAAAUACAUUUCUGUGACACCAGACAAACUUCUCAUGGUAGCAACUGCGGAAGGUACCAUCAAAUUUCAUGAAUAUCUUAAUUAAUAACUUUGUGUUGCAGUGAAUUUUUUAACCUGUAGGUCCAGACUGACAAGAAGAUGCCAUGUACGCUACAUGAUAUAAUAUUACACUAGACUUUGUAAUCUAAAACAGUAAAGGCAUUUCAAAUAACAGGAUAGUGUCUGACCAAUCCUUUAAUACAAUAAACACUUUCCCUGAAAAUAAUAAAGAUACUGCAGGGAACAGCAGAAAGGUUGUGUUAUGGGCACUCACACAUUUAAGAAGUGAUUAUUUUAAUAAAAUUUAAUGGCUAAGGUAUCAAAAUUAUAUCAAUUAGAAGUCUGCCCAUUCUACUUCAAAUGUACUUGUAAAGCCAAAAUUUCAGGUUUUAAAGCUAGAAGUCCACAGUUUGGGUGAAAUUUUUCCAACAUGUUUAUUUCCACCACAUGAGGCAUAGAAUGAAUAUAUGACACUGAAAAAUGAUAGAGUGAGUAAAAGCAAAAGUUAGAUAAUGGUAAAAAUGAAAGAAGAAUGUAAAUUUUUGCAUUAUUUCAAAAGCUUUGCAAUGGUUUAUUACCUUCCGCACAACAAUUUUGGUUAUUUAUAAGUGUAUCUUGCAAAAAUCUUCUGUCAAUAAGUUUAUACUACUAGUCACUUUCAGAGUACUUACUCACUUUUUAUGGAUUUUUGAGAAUAAUCAUUUUUCACCUAGAAUGUGUGGGUUAGUCAUUUAAAACGUGGAAUUAAGCAAAUAUUUAUUAUUGUUGAGAACUUACUUUACUUACAUGUAUCGACAUUGCAAGUUCUCUACGACUGCUGUAGUUCUACAUCUACAGAUCAAAAAGCUAACAUGUUGACACAGAACUGAGAAAAAUGAUUUUUAUAGGAAAGUCUAUUAUAUACAAGCACUCAGUGUCACUAAAUGGACAGUAAAUGAAAGAUUACAAUUUGACUUUUUCACAUUUGAGUGACAUCUAAUGUUCAAGUUUAUUGUAACAAAGCUGUGUAGUACACCAUACACUCAUUUUGUUUAUAGAAACUUGCAUUUACAAUAUGAAAUAUUCAUGUAAUCUGUUAUAACUUUUUAUGAUCUGUUUUAUGUAUUGAACUAUUUUUAUUUGUUAUAAUAUUUGAAGUCUGUUACAAUUCUCUACCAGAGGAAAGAAUAUUAUAUUUAAACUAAUCACAAACAUGCUCAUAUCAGAAAUGUUUAUAAUACAUCUUAACUGUACAAUCACCAUGUCAGAAAAAAAAAAACAUUUCAUCUUAAUUUGAAGCCAAACCACUGACUCUUUGUAUGUUGCUGAAUAAACAUCAAACAUUUUUUAAGAUAAAAAAAAAAAAAAAAAAAAAAUGAAAAA